GCACAUAAAUCCUUAAGGACUCCAUGAACCUAAAUAUAGCGAGGGAAUUGCAAGAGAGAAAGAAAGUAUUUCUAUCAAUGGAGCUAAUUUUGAAGAGGUGGCGGAACGCCGGCGGAGCCUUGGCUACCGUCCUCUUCAUCUUGAGAAUGGUACGUGCAUACGUGCCGAGUAGCGUGGUGCGUCGUUUGGCGCAGAAGUUGGGCGUCUUCUCCAACCCCUACGUUCAAAUCUCCGUCCACGAGUACAUCAAGCGGAACAUGACCCCUCACGCCGCCUAUGUAGCGGUGGAAGCUUAUCUCAGCUCCAAGUCUGUGAAACAAGCCACCAGACUCAAGGCUGAGAUAGCCAAUAAUAAUGCCGCUGCUGCUUCAGAUGGGAAGCAGCAGCUGGCGUUGAGCAUGGAUAAGCACGAGAGCGUCUGUGAUGAGUUUUGUGGGGCGAAAGUGAGUUGGGUUGCGUGUAAAAGUCCACCACGUCAGACGAAGGAAUGGUACCCUGGGAUGGAGGGUAGAUCUUACAAGCUCAUUUUUCACAAGAAAUAUCGGGACUUGAUGGUGGAGUCCUACUUGAACCACGUGAUGAAGACGGGGAAGGAGAUUUUGGGACGAAACAAACCCCUAAAGCUUUACACAAAUAGUGUGUCGGGAAGGACGUUGUGGAGCCAUGUCGCGUUUGAUCAUCCUGCUAGUUUUGAGAAACUCGCGAUGGAUGUGGCGAAGAAGAAAGAGAUCGUGGAUGAUUUGGUUGCGUUCAAAGAGGGGAGGGAUUUCUACGCAAGGAUCGGUAGAGCCUGGAAGCGCGGGUAUUUACUCUAUGGUCCACCGGGAACGGGGAAAUCGACUGUCAUCGCAGCAAUGGCGAACUUUCUCAAUUACGAUAUCUAUGACCUCGAGUUGACUUCGAUCACAGACAACACAAAGCUCAAACAGCUAUUGGCUGAAACAACGAGUAAAUCGAUCAUCGUAAUUGAGGACAUUGACUGCAUGCUUGAUAUCACGGAAAAUAGAAACAAGAUCUCGGCGCGAACCCUUAAAGUCAAUAUUGGGAAGGGCAACGAAGAAUCUCCUCCCUCGAAAGCCCGUGGGGGUAGUGGUCCAAGUAAAGUCACUCUUUCUGGAUUGUUGAACGCCAUGGACGGCUUAUGGUCUACGUGCAGCGGAGAACGAGUAAUUGUGUUCACUACCAACCACGUCGAGAAGCUAGAUCGAUCCCGCUUUGACGAGAAGGGGGAGGAUGGACAAGCACAUCGAGUUGUCUUAUUGCACUUUUGAGGGGUUCAAAGUGCUAGCAAGAAACUACCUAGAAUUGG